AUGGCUUGCAUCUAUUCGCGAUCUGGGAUAAUUCGUCGAAACAGGAAGCGGAAAUACGAUGCUGCUGUUCCUGAUCAUCUUUCGCCGGUCACAGUGACUGGCAGUCAUGUCUCUGACGCGGCUACCAGCAGCCUUCAGUCCAAUCUCGCAAUGGACAUAGAAGUAACUCGAAACCGGCUGCAGGGACUCGAUGCGUCACCUCAAACCUCUCUGCGUGCGCUGUCAUCUUUGUCUGAAGCCUGUGCGGCCAUCUGGCACGACGAUUGGGAGCUUGAUAAGGCCUGCAACAAAUUUCACUUGUUCGAAGAUCGGGCGAUUUCCUGGGCAGAUGCAUUCGUCGCCGGCCUGAAACGAGACCGUCCUUUGUUUAUCUCUGUUCCUCCUGAAGUAUUGGACCAUUUAAGAGCAUCUCGCCCGCAACAAGUGCAGCAAAGAGCUUGGCUUGUGAUGUAUUAUGGCAUCAUUCUCAAUUUUGUUUCAUCCACUGACCCCGGCGAUGAAUAUACAAAGGCAAAGCUUCGACGCAAUCUCUGGCUCGCCCUCAAUGACGCAAGACUCCUCCUGGAGCCCAGCGAAGCAAAUAUCCAUGCUUUGAUUCUGCUCGCCGUCGAUGUCGAGGAGUUCACCAACCCUUCACUUUGUUGGAUGUUGGUCACAAACGCCUGUAGGAUGCUGCAGGCGUUGGGAGUGAGACAUCGCCGUUUCGACUCUCGGACCCAGGACCGGCGUGUCGUGAUGUUUUGGCACCUGAAUCUUGUGGACAUAGGACUGGCUCUCAUCUUUGGCAGACCCCCAACUUUCCACCGCGCAAUGGCGAGAGAGAUUCCUUUGCCCACGCUAAGCCAGCUUCUGUCAUUUCAGCCUCAUGUUACUCCGGCAGGCGCCCCGGCAUUAUUUGGAGCGCAUUACACCCACCAAAUGUUUCUGCUAUCACGUGUAAUGGCUGAUAUCUGGUAUCGUCUUCACGAAGAAACAACACCUAAUGAUCGUAACAUUGAAUCAACCAAGCAGGAUCUUGAGUCGUGGUAUCGGCAGACACAACGGAUUCUCGAAGCUGCUGCAAUGGCAGAAAAGCCUUUUCUUAACGCCAACAAUGCUGCUUCCAUUGAUCUGAGCUUAUGCAGUGUUGGCUUCCAAUAUGAGUACCUGUUCAUCCUCCUCGCUCGAUCGUCCACGCAAAUGAGGGCCCAGUGUAUCGAAUCCUCGAAACGGAUGCUUCGUUUACUACAAAACAUGGUCGCUGACUCCGAGGCACCCUCUGAUGGUAUGGCAUGGCACCUUUUGUGUGGUCCCUUCACCCCAUUCUUAGACCUGUUCGGUGAGCUCAUUUCAAAUGGGAAGGGCGAGUCAGAUGAGAACAAGGAAGCUCUCGCUGCUAUGGAGAAUCUCCCGGUCUUUCUGGGUAAGAUGAGCCCGCGAAGUUCGCUUGCAGCGAAGCUGGAGCAAGUCGCUUUGGUUUUGGUGCAGCAUGCUAGAUAUGUGACCCACCCUCGAGCUCGUCGUAUUGGCGAAGAGGCGGGCGGAUCAUCCCUAGAGGGAGCCUUACCUGAUCACUGGCCAUCAACCACGAACAUGUUGGAUUGGGACUCAUUCUUCAACUAUGCCACUGCCGCACCGGUAUCAGGUCAGCUACAGGGCGAGAAUUACGAAGCUGAGCCAAGUGAUUUGGCAACAUGGACGAAUGACUUCUUCGGGAAUGCGUUUGUGGACUGGGUCGGAUGGGAUGCUCAAGGCUGA